AUGUUGCAAGGAAGAAGGCCUACCACCAGGGCACAAACCAGAGCAGAACCAACACAGACAGCAACACCUCCAGUAUGGUCAAGACAAGGAAGAACAGCAGCACCACCUCCCUUUCCUCAACCCGAUGUCACUCGUGUCCACACCAGAGAACAAGCAGACACAUUCUACAAAGCUAGAACACAUUGGCUGCAGUAUUACGCAGGAAGCCACCCACAGCUAAUACCCAGAACCCAACACAAUCCCCCAGUAACUGAAUCAGAUGUCUACGACAAAAACAAUUUUGAAGAAUUUGCAGCGGCAGACCAACCGAUACCACCUCCCACACCACAGAUACUCCCCAUACUCCCCAUAGCUCCCAACUCAUUUCCUAUUCCACCAACAUGCACCAUGUCCAACGCUACAGCAGCCAAACCCACCAAGUUUGGACAGAUAGAUGAUUUUGAUGGAAUGCCAGACCAAGCCAACAGAUGGAUGCUAUCAGCCAAAGCAUAUUUUGACAUAAACAAUGCCAUCUAUGGCUUGGAUAAAAAGAAAGUUUUUGAAGCACUUUCCCACAUGAAAGAAGGAGCUGCCCUAGAAUACCCAACAUGGACGGACUUCAAAUCCGACUUUAAUGGGACAUUUAUCACGGAAGAUGUAAAAGGCGCGGCCAGCGCAGCCCUCAUGACAAUGAAAAUUGAAACAGGAGAAACAGCAGCAAAGUUCAACUCCCGUUUCAUGGUAGAAGCAGGAAAAAGCGGCUUAAACAACGAAGGACUAAUCAUGGUGUACAAGAGUUCUAUAUGCCCAUACCUCCUUCAAAAUGUCCUUAACUCCUCCACACAACCCAAAAAUAUUGCAGGAUGGAUGAGCACUGUCGCUGGCCUAGACGCCAACUGGAUGAACUUGAACAGUAUCAGUGAAAGGAAGUGGGGAAAGAAGGGAGAAAAGAAGAAGGAGAAAAAAGGAGGAAGAAGCCAGUCUUCCUCGGCAAAGCAUUUAACCAAGGACAAAGAAGAUUCACUCAAAUGA